UUGUUUACUUUGGAGUGUUUUGUAUGAUAGCGGGAAUGUCCUGCUGGCAUGAGUGAGCUCGCUAGCACUCUCUCUUCCUGUCGGGAGCGUGUCCCCCCCCAGCGGCUGGCCGGGGGUGACUAACCCUGCCCCCCCCCCACCCCCCACUGCCCAGCUACGCUCAAGUGCAAAACAAAUACGUGGCUCCAGCCGGUCCGUGGCCAAGUGCAGCGGGGCAGGGAGCAGAUAACAAAAACGUGCAGAUAGCGCGGUUCGCUCAGCGCUAGCAGCCGCUCUGCUUUCUCUGAACUAGGGGGGGGCUUAAAGCACUGGCUCGUGUGCCCUGCUGGUCCGGUCCCUCUCACCACUCUAGCUUUGCUCUCUCUUUCUUAAUCUUCUCUUCUUCACAGAAUAUCAAGGUUGCAUGGUAACCUGGACUUGGUGCAUGGCAUUUGCAUGACUCCGCUAAUUCUGAGUGUGGAACUGACUGCGAUCAGACGCACCCAUGGCUCAAACAACACACAUUAACGGGAAUACCUCAGAAAAAAGAGAGAGAGGUGCAAGUGCAGAAGAUGACCCUGUGGCCCCUUACUUCCUGGAGACCCCGUACGGCUACCAGCUAGACCUGGACUUUCUCAAGUACGUGGAUGACAUCGAGCGGGGGAACACCAUCAGGAAGCUGAACAUCCAGAGGAAGCCCAGGGGGGCCAAGGCGGAGCCGCCCCCCCGAAGCGGCGGCAGCGGGCAGAGCGCAUGGGCCUCCACCGACUCCCUGUCCUCUUCCACCAGCGAGGAGAGCAAGCAGUCCCCGCUCUUCUUCCCCGCCAGGAGCCAGCCACUCCCCCCACCUCAGGCCACCAGGCCGCCACCCGUCCAUGAGCCCCCGCAGGCCUUUCUGAGUGUCCCGGACGGCAAGCUUCUGCCGCCCCCCUCCCCCAGGGCGCCGCGGCACAACCUCCAGGUGGAGAAGACGCUGAUGGAGACACGGUGGAGGCUGGAGCAGGAGCGCCUGCUCCUGCAGCCCCCGGCGAGCGAGCCCCCCCGCCGGCGGCUGGCCAGCUUCGGGGGCAUGGGCUCCAGCAGCUCGCUGUCCUCCUUCACGGGCUCCAGCGGGCAGAACCAGAUCUCGCCCAACUCCCACCCGCUCCUCCACAACGGGCACCUGGCCAACGGGGAGUACAACCCCUACUUCACCUCCUCCAUGGGCAGCUCCAUCCGACACAGCCCCCUGAGUUCAGGGAUGGCCACGCCCGUCACCAACGUGAGCCCCCUCCACCUGCAGCACAUCCGCGACCAGAUGGUGGUGGCCCUCAAGAGGCUCAAGGAGCUGGAGGAGCAGGUCAAAGCCAUCCCCAUCCUGCAGGUCAAGAUCUCCGUCCUGCAGGAGGAGAAGAGGCAGAUGGUCACGCAGAUGAGGAACCAGAAGCUCUCCGACCAGAAUCAGACGGGCGGCGGAGUCUUCCGGAAGCGGUCGUACAGCGCGGGGAAUGCGGAACACCUGGAGCAGCUCUCCCAGAUCAGGAAAGGCCUGGAACUGCACAUCGACUCCGAGGACGAGCCGGAGACCACGGAGCAGAGCUCCCAGAGGCUGGAAGAGUUCCGACAGCUGACGGCCGAGAUGCAGGCCCUAGAGAGGAAGAUCCAGGACAACAGCUACGAGGCGCCGCUCAGCACGAACCGAAACCCAGAGCAGAAGCGCUGGGACAGGGGCCUCAAGUCCAUCGCCGUGGGCGCUGACGAGAACAUGAACGACGUUGUCAUCUACCGCAGGUCGUCCAGGCGGGGCAGGGAUGCGGCGGUCCAGACGGAGGUGGAGACCAGGAGCACGGCGGUGGGGGUGACGGAAGCCAUGCUGGGCAUCACCACGGAGGCCGAGUCUGAGCUCGAGAUGCAGCACCAGACUAUCGAGUCCCUCAAGGACAAGAUCUACCGGCUGGAGGUGCAGCUGAAGGAGACCACGCACGAGGUGGAGAUGGGGAAGCUGAAGCUGGAGCUCCAGGCGGCCGGGUCGCGGAAGAAGGCCGACAAGGGCUGCAUGGCCAGGCCGGACACAUACAGUACGGGCGUGGAGGCGAAGGUUCAGAUGCAGAGCCAAGGGGUGGGAGGACACACAGAGUUGAGGGACACGGGCGCUGAGCUUGCCCCACAGACGCUUGCAGUAGCGGCAUCAUGUAAGCCAGAACUGAGGCAUGUUGCCGUGGGUCCAGAGGUACUUAUGGAUCGAUGGGUUGUACAGGAAAGAGCGGAGGUCCAAGAUAAGUGUGUUGGCAGUCAUGUUGUCAUGUGUAAUCAGAGCGUGGGAGUGGAGAUAAGUGUAUGCGAAAUGGGAGUCAAUACAGAGGAGACUGUGGAAAGUAAUGGCCUUUGCAAUACAGGGCUCAGGCAGGCAAAGGAAAUGAGGUCGAUCGGAUGUGGAGAUUGUUCAGUAGAUGUGACUGUGUGUCCGGUAAAGGAGCUGGCUUCUCUGGGCACUGUCACAGACCAGGUCAGCCGAGUGGACUUGGGAGUCAUGGCAACACCUCAGACGACUUCCCAGCUCACCAACACAGCGACGGAUGCCACAAGCAGGUUCACCAACACGGUCAGGACCGUUUCCAUGGACUCCGGCACCAACACAAUCCUCGACACUAGAGAAAAGCACACCAGCACGCCACCGACCGAGACCAGGACGGUCGCCGUGGGAGAUGGCCGCGUGAAAGACCUUAACUCGGCAUCCAAAACGCGCUCCGUUGCGGUCGGGACCUCGGCGCCAGGGGAGGCUGCCCUGGACAGGCCGUCUGUGGCAAAGACCAAAGAGAUAGGGGUGGGCUUGGCCGACGUGAAGGAGAACUUUCUGGUGGGCCUAAAAACGAGGACUAUCGCGUGCGGGCCCUCUCUCCCGCCCGACUCUGCCAAAACGAGAAGCAUCGGGGUCGGGGAGGGUGUGGUGUGGGGGGCAGCCAAACCCCAGCAGCAGCCGGAGACGGCGGCCGGACUGGACCACUACAUCGAGCGUGUGCAGAAGCUCCUGCAGGAGCAGCAGGCGCUCUUGGCGGAGAACUACAGCGAGCUUGCCGACGCCUUUGGGCAGCCUCAGUCGCAGAUCGGCUCCAUCAACAGCCAGCUGGUCAACACCCUGUCCUCCAUCAACUCAGUGGUGAAAUUCGGCAGCGUUGAGGAGCUACGCAGCUUCGACAUCCCCAAGCUGUGUCCAGAGACUACAAGUGCCAACAGAGACGCGGAGCCGCCCCAGAUGGCUGUCGGGGCCGGGACCCAGUCUGUCGCCGUGAGGACGGAGGUCACCCGUGUGGGAAGCGUGCCACCGGCGCCCUCUGCUGGCAGCUCCAGACCUCCCACGCUCCAGCAGAGCGCAGCCAUGCAGAAAAGCCUAAUGGACCAGCAGAUGUCCUCUGCUCUACAUGGGGAGUCCGGCGGCCGGGGCGCUCUGAAGUCCAUCAUGAAAAAAAAAGACGGACGACAGAGUUCCGGCGGCACCAAAAAGAACCUGCAGUUUGUGGGCGUUAAUGGAGGAUACGAGACGACAUCCAGCGACGACUCCAGCUCGGAGGAGAGCAGCUCCUCCGAGGAUGAGGAGGAGGCAAAGGUGUACGUCGGGGAGGAGGGUGCGGAGGCAGAGGCGUUGAGUAAGGAGGGAGCGGUGAAGGUGGGAGGAGGAGGAGGAGGAGGAGUAGGAGAGAGCGGCCCAGGGAAGGAGGAGAUAAGGGAGAGGUACGAGUUGAGUGAGAAGAUGCUGGCGGCCUGCAACGUUCUGAAAAACCACCUCAGCGAAUCCAAGCCUUUAACGGGCAAAGACGUGAGGGCGUGCCUGAACACGGUCCAGCAGGAAUGGUUCCGGGUGUCCAGUCAGAAGUCGGCGAAGCCGGCCACGGUGGAGGACUACCUGGCGGCCUUCAGGGGCGUGUCCCCCGCCGUGCUGCGACACGUGGUCAACAUGGCCGACGCCAACGGCAACACCGCCCUGCACUACAGCGUGUCCCACUCCAACUUCGACAUCGUCAAGAAGCUUCUCCAAGCAGAUGUCUGCAACGUCAAUCAUCAGAACAAGGCGGGCUACACCCCCAUCAUGCUGGCCGCCCUGGCGGCGGUGGAGGCGCCCAAGGACAUGAGCGUGGUGGAGGAGCUCUUCAGCAAGGGAGACGUCAACGCCAAAGCCAGCCAGGCUGGCCAGACGGGGCUGAUGCUGGCGGUCAGUCACGGGAGGAUGGACAUGGUGAAAGCCCUCCUGGCGUGCGGCGCCGACGUCAACAUCCAGGACGACGAGGGCUCCACGGCCCUCAUGUGCGCCAGCGAGCACGGCCACGUGGAGAUCGUCAAGCUGCUGCUGGCCCAAUCCGGCUGCGACGCUACGCUGAGUGACAGCGACGAGAGUAACGCCCUCUCCAUCGCUCUGGAGGCUGGACACAAUGACAUCGCCAUGCUGCUAUACGCUCACGUCAACUUCUCCAAAGCGCAGUCCCCGGGGACACCCCGGCUCGGGAGAAAGAUGUCCCCCAGUCCCACGCGGAGAAGCGUGUUUGAUUAGGGUGUCCCAAAAUCCCAGGCCCCGCCUCCCUGGUCGGCCCCCACGCUGCUAUUGGUUCACGUUCAAGGUUGCCCAGGGUUGUUUUCUGGAAAACUGACUGCGGGGAAUGUGUUUUGGCUGGACCAAUCAGGCAGCCCCGUCAAGGCAGCCAAUCGAGUUUGUGCUCGUACCAUCCAAUCAAACGCUUUCCCCAAGGGUGUUAAUUUCCACAUAAGCAUGGCAUUAGCCUUAUCCCCCACAGAGAACUUGAUCCCGAGCUCCACUGGAUAUGACCUAAGACAUAUUUCAAAAGAAGGAUAAUACUGAAAGUGUUUAAUCAAACAAAAAUCCAGAAAACAACCCCCGGCAACUUUUAGCCUGGACGCAUUCUGAAUGUAUUCAAAAGUUCCAUUUGUGCCUGAUCUCACCAGCCGUUCUCCGCUAUAGAGGAAGAUGCGAUGCGCGUGCUGAAGUGAUGUCAUCGGAAAACGCCUGUGCACGGAAAUGACAUUGUUCACUGUGCGGACUUCCACACGGACGCGUUUCUGGUGUUCUUCAGUGCGGUCUCGCUCGUGCCCGUCUGUCCCCUUGUUUCUAAUCCGCAGGUCCGCAGUGGAGAAACCCAAAAGUAUUAAGUGUCUGAGGAAGGAGUGAGGUGUGGAAGCCUUACCGUUGUUGCCUGUUAUUUCAUAUUUUAUAUAUUUUUUGUGUGUCCUGUACGCACAUGAAUCUGUGUGUGUUGUGUGUGUGUGUGUGUAUGUCCGCGCAUACACACACAUACACACGCAUUAGUAUCAACUCCCUCUGACUUUUCUCUCUAUUUGGGUUUGUGUCCCAGCUCUUUCCUGGACAUAUGUGAAUUUAUCUGCUUUUCAUUUACCCAAUCGGUCAAUGUGUUUUAGAUGGGAUAUAAGACUUAACUUUUAUAUGCAGAUCCUUUCUAUCUAUUUAAAAAUCACAGUAUUUUGAAUAUUUCAUAUUCCCUAUAAACAAGUCAUGAAGUUAAAUAUUUAUCGAUACAUAGUUUUUAAUCCUUAUUUUAAUAUUGUAUUUCUCUGUAUAUACUGUAUGUUUCAGAUGAAUUAGAGGUGGUAGGCAUGUUCUCCAUUGUCUUAUGUACAUUUAUAAUAAAUUGUCCUUUCUUAGUGUAACUAAGGUACUUUAAUCUUUUUAUCUAAGUGUUUGAAGUGCCUUCAGAUUGCCAUAUAAUAAGAUUAAGCUGCAUUAAAUGUACAUGGGUGCUCUUUAAUCCAAGCUCUUCAACCUCUUAAUGUUGUGUAAUUGUCCUUCCCCCAAAAGCUGUAAACUUUUAUUUCCUUGCAUGCCAUGAAAUGUUGGCUUCUCUGAACAGCUCAUGCGCAUUGUGCCACCGAUAUACAGCUUAAUGUCUCCCCCUACUGGUGUCAAUUGGUACUUACAACCAACGCAAUUUAUUUCUCUGGAUGGAUUGAAUAACAAACACCAUUUUCAUUUGCAGUCUGGUGAGCAAAUCGUUUUUUUUUUCGGCGUCUCGGUGAGAAAAGCUAUCAGCAUUAUUUCACCGAGACAGAUUCGCUAGUUGCAGUAUUAUACAGAGAACACAAGUACUUUAUAGUACGCUUGAUAUUUCAUGGUACUCUUUAUGUAGAAAUCGGUUGUGUUUAUCAAAAUGUUCAGUGCUGUUAUCGCACAGCUUAUGUUCUUUAUGUAGUUGUAUUACAAAAGUGCAAAUAAACAUUUUAAAUCACUACACCUGA